GUCCGUUUAGCCCUCGGCGGCCGCCGUCGUCGUCGUAGCGAGUGCCUGGCGUGGCCAUGGCGGCGGGAGUGGGCCGGUGAGCGCAGAGAGACCGGGGGUGCCCGACGCGCGUCUAGGCGCACGUGUGAACUAUGAGCGACAUCCGCCUCUCGCUGCUGCGGCGCGACGCCCUCAGCGCCGCCAAGGAGGUGCUCUACCACCUGGACAUCUUCUUCAGCAGUCAGCUGCAGAGCGUGCCUCUGCCCAUGGUGGACAAGGGCCCCGUCGAGCUCCUGGAGGAGUUCGUCUUCCAGGUGCCCAAGGAGCGCGGCUCCCCCGCCAAGAGGCUGAAUUCGCUUCAGGAGCUUCAGCUGCUGGAGAUCAUGUGCAAUUAUUUCCAGGAGCAGAGCAAGGACUCUGUCCGGCAGAUCAUUUUCUCCUCCCUCUUCAGCCCGCAGGGCAACAAGGCCGACGACUGCAGGAUGGCUCUGCUGGGCAAGCUGGUCUCCGUGGCCGUGGCCGUGUGCAGAGUGCCCGUCCUGGAAUGCACGGCUUCCUGGCUGCAGCGAACCCCGACCGUCUACUGUGUGAGGCUGGCCCGGGCCUUGGUGGACGACUACUGCAGCUUGGUGCCGGGUUCCAUCCAGACCCUAAAGCAGAUCUUCAGCACCAGCCCUCGCUUCUGCUGCCAGUUCAUCACAUCAGUCACUGUGCUUUAUGACAUGUCUUCAGAUGACCUCAUCCCCCCUCCAGACUUGUUGGAGAUGAUCGUUUCGUGGAUCUUCGAAGACCCCCGCCUGAUCUUGAUCACCUUCCUGAACACGCCCAUUGCGGCCAGCCUGCCAAUUGGAUUUUUGGAGCUCGCCCCUCUCAGCGGCCUGAUCUGCUGGUGUGUGAAAGCCCCCCUGGCGUAUAAACGGAGGAAGCCCGCCCUGACGAACGGCCACCUCAACGGCAAGCUCGCCAAGGGCACUGCCGCAGCCUCGGACAAAGACUGUCAGCCUCUGUACUCCAAGCUGCACCUCAGUGUCUUGCAGGUUCUGAUGCUGCUGCAAGGUCACCUGACGGAGAAAAACCUCUAUGGCCGCCUGGGGCUGGUGCCCUUUGACCAAGUGGUGGUGUCUCUCGUGGAUGACAUCAGCAGGCUCUCUGACGAACUCAACCCACUAAACGCCUCCCAAGAGGUGGAGCUGGCCCUGGACCGGCUGGCUCAAACCCUGCAGGUGGCCAUGGCAGCCGGAGCGUUGCUGUGCACAAGAGAGGACCUCCGGACCGUCUGCUCCAGACUGCCGCACAACAACCUGCUCCAGCUGGUGGUCUCGGGCCCAGUCCAGCAGCCAGCCCAUGCUGCUCUGCCGCCGGGGUUUUAUCCCCCCAUCCACACGCCCCCGCUGGGCUAUCCGACUCACACAGCGCACUCUGCCAUGCCUGCACACCCGGCUCUUCCCGCACACCCCGUGCAGACCUUUAUACCAGGCAUGGCCUUUCCCUACCGGCCCAUCCGCUGAAGGAAUUUCUUCCAAGCUCCAACUGGCAAAGCUGUUUCCCUUCCACUGGGAGCCUACACAGACGUCCCAAUCCCCUUGGGACACCAUUCUUUUACCUCCGUGUUUAAUGCUGCUGCAUGAUGUCUGGAGAGAGUUCUUCUAUUCUGAGAGUGAACCAGUGGCACCGGAUAUAAAAACGGGACAGUCUUUUUAAAGUAAACCCUGUUGUGUAUAUAAGAAGCCUUGUGGAUAUAGGUGGACUUUUGCUACUGCAGUGCCUGGGAUGGGGAAAUCUCAUCCCCAAUUCUUCAUCAGUAGAAAUUCAGAUGAGGCUUGCAGAGGAGCCAGAAGAGCUUCCAGUUAAUAUAUUAGCUUUUCUCUGUGAACAUGUAUGUAUAAAAUUUGCCUUUUUUAA